AUGUCUCUGGCCGAGUUGGAGAGCGCCAUCCUGGUACCCGAGCCCGUUGACGGCGAGUUGGACGGCGAGCUGAGCCAGCCGAAGACGGUGCUGAGCAAGAUGCAGGCCAAGCUGGCGCCAGAAAUCCGGCCCUGGAUCCAGUUCAUCAACGUCAACAGCUUCGGAAAGCCCGACUCGCUGCCGCGCUGGUCCAAGCGCCUGGUGAAGAACAUCGACCACUUCCAGAGCAACUACGUGUUCGUGUUCAUCGGUCUGUUCGUCUACUGCCUGCUGACGUCGCCGCUGCUGCUGAUCGCGAUGGCUGCGCUGGCCGGUGGCUGCCACAUCCUAAAGCUGCGGCAGGCGGAGAAGAAGCUGGUGCUGGCCGGCCGAGAGGUGCCGCUGGCACAGCAGUACGCCGGCGUGGCGAUGCUCAGCAUCCCGCUCUUUCUCAUCGUCGGGGCCAGCUCCGCCCUGUUCUGGGUCAUCGGCGCCUCGUUCUUUGUCAUCAUGCUGCACGCGUCCUUCUUCAAGCAUGAGGCCCUGGCUGGCACGGAGGAGGAGGCUGAGCUGUUCGAAGUAACGAUGGACCCUAUAUAGACGAACAUGAGUUGUCUGUUAUUUAUAUCAUUUCACAUGUCUACUAGCCGCAUUC